CAAACCGGUUCUGCCCGGCAGAUGGCAGAAUUCUGCGGGCAGAAUCCGGCAGAAUGUCAAACUAUGAUCACACCUCACACGACAAUUGCAACGGACAGUGGGAUGUGGACGUGCUGAUGAGUCUUCUAAUGGUGUUUCCUAGUGACACUUACUAUACAUUGUCAUACACAUAGCUCCUUGUAGCGCUUUGAAAAUCUUGCCAAGCGGCAGAAAUGGUGGUUCUGCCACUUCUGCCGGUUAUGCCCAAUUGCUCGCAAAUAAUUCUGCCCCCAGCACUAGCGCCGCCGCGCACUAGGUAGGUCCCCUGUUGAAGGGUCAAGACCAGGUCAGAACUGCAUAUCAAAUGGCAGGUGAGAGUCUUAGAUAUAAAUGUCGGCAACAUGAUCCCCCAGCGAAGAGAUACCUCUCGAGUCGAACACUGACUCGGAUAGUAUGUUGUCCCUUGUCAUUCUCGGAGUUCUGGUCUCCGUGGUUCAUGCCGAAUUCUACCCCACGUACCCGAACAUUGAGAGAUGUGUCGGCCUCCCAGUACAGUACUCCUGCGAGAAUACAACGGUUGUGACGGAUUCAUGCUGCAAUGUCGUACAAGGCGGGCUUGUGCUACAGGCGCAGUUCUGGAAUACAUAUACUGGUCUCGAGUCCCAUGCCCAACUGCUUCCAAAAGGCAGCUGGGGUAUUCAUAGCAUAAUACCACUCAACUGCGAUGGUACUACUGCAGGCCAGUACUGCGAUCCUGGCAGGCAGUAUGACCCCAAGCCAUUGCCAUCAACCUUGUCCAAUGGAACGGUCAUUGAUCCUUAUAAAGGACCGAGUGUUAGACAAUUUAUCCAGGAAUUCGGUCGCUCCGACUUAUUGCAUUACAUGGAUACCUUCUGGAUCAACCAGGGCGCACCUAAUGAGGAUUUAUGGGCUCACGAGUUCUCAAUACAUGCUACUUGCACAUCCGCAUUCGACGUUGCUUGCUACGAGCCCGGAUACAAGAAACACCAGGAAGUCGUCAACUUCUUCGAGACUGUCGUAAAGGUUUUCCAGAUGUAUCCUACUUACGAUAUACUCGUUGCUUCCGGAAUUGUUCCCUCCAAUACAACGACAUACACCCGCGCACAGAUCACAAAUGCCCUUUACUCUCAAACUGGUGCUGACCCUUGGCUUAACUGUUAUGAUAAUGGCACUGUUUUGAAGGAGAUCCGGUACUUCCACCAUGUUCUGGGCACAGAGCAAUACGGCCACUUCAAGCCUCUCGACUCCAUUAUUUCUUCAACCUGCGCAGAAACUGGAAUCUGGUAUUAUGAACGAACUCCGACGUCCGAGAAGGCUGUCUCAGAUUGAGCCAAAUACGGGGGUUCAAUGUCACCUUGUUCUGCGAGAUCGCGCGUACCUUGAUAUAUGAUAGUUACUGUCUACUGUCUUCUGGAC